CACGCUGCGUAGCGACGACGUUAUGUGCGGCGGCAGCAGCAAUUUGAAUCCCAGCGCGCGAAGAUGUCUGUGGUGCGGCCCUUCGACAAGCUGCCUGUGCUUAACUCCGCCGCCAUCCUGAUGGUGGGCACCGAUGAAGAUCUCCAGCAGCAGCUAGCACAGACUAUUCUUAAGGAGAAAAAAGACUUCAAGAUCAGCAUCCAUCUGGCGACCUCUCUUCCUUUACCUGCCGAGAGAGAUCACAUUCGGCCCCGGAUUGAUCUUAUUGUGUUUAUGAUUAACGUACAAAGCAAAUACAGCUUUAAGAAUAUUGAAGCUUCAUUAGCCCAUGUUGAUGCCAACUUCUUCCUUGGGAAAGUCUGCUUCCUCGUUACAGGUGUUGGUCGGGUGAAUCGCUGCAGCGUAGAGAUGAGUGCUGUCCGGAAACUGGGAGAGGCCUAUUGUAGCCCCCUCAUAUACUGCGAGUUGGAGUUAGAAGGGAUCAGAAUCUCCACAGCUCAGCGGCUGCUCCGGAUGUUGCAGAUCUGUGCUGGUCAUGUACCGGGAGUUUCUGCCCUGUUCUUCAGCUCCUUGAUGAGAAGCUCCAAUGAUGAAUAACCUCCCAACAUCAGUCCAGUAAUGUUCUUCCCCUUUCUGACUCGGUGUUAAGAUACUGAAACAGGUACCCUGCUGGGAAGUGUCUUAUGUUCUGUAAUGAGGCCACCUUGCCCAGAGCUGCCUAUUUUUUUCCCCUACAGAAAAGGUUGAGUUCCUGUUCAGUGGCCAAAGUUACGGAAAGGAGGCCCUUAUGCAUUGUUAUUACUUCUGAAUCUCCAUUCCCCUUUUUCCAGUUAGCACCGCUAUUUUCUACUGACCAGGAGCUAUGUAACACUCAGAGCUGUGAGGGAGGAGGGUACAGUUCAUCAGGUCAAUGCAUAUCGGGAGCAGGUAGCUGUACUUCAGAAGCACUGCAGUGAGGAAGAGUAGCACUGGAGUACUAGUGCUCCUCUCCCACCUGGCGUCUGACUGACUGCCUCAUCACAAUUUGGCUCUCUUGACUAGGGUUAAAAAUUCACUUCCUCAAACAAUGGCCUGAAAGGAAGGAACCAAGUUUAGAAGGAGCCGGACAUACAGCAGCUGGCAAAAAUAAACCAUCUGCUGAUCUGUUGUGAGCAAAGACAAGCUGGCUCUGUCGUUCUAAGACUUUGACAUCUAACAGAAGAUGGUUGUGAAGGGAUUAAAAGGGACUGUCUGGCAACUUAGCUUGCUUGUUUCCUUUCAAGGAAAAAAGUACCUUUUCCGAGACAGGACCAGCAAUCAGUGUUUGGUGGGGAAACUGUACCCUCACUAUGCUCCUGAGUCACAAGAAUGGCUGGGAUGCUACAACUCAAAAGCUCCCACAGGUCUGCAUGCAUUUCAAGCAGUAGAUAAGAUGUCUAGAAGGGACUGAGACUUGCCCAGUAGGCUUAGAAAGGGUGCAGCUAUUAAAAAUGUGUGUAGAAAUUUCUUAGUCCUGUGAAUGAAGACCCAUAAAAACCUUUUGAUUUCAAGGUCUAACUCAAAUUUGUUGAUCGUCUCCAAUUCUUGUUCACUUCUGCAACUCAAGCCUGUAAAAUCUGGAGAGAGAUCUUUUAUCUCUCCCUCUUCCACAGACCUAGCACUUCUUUGCAUUCCACCCCCACAUCUCCCAAGGGAGGAUGGGGAUGGAUAUGACUAACCUGGCUGGAAAUGUGCUGUGUAAAACGUGCAUGCUGCUUACAAGUCAGACUCAAAAUUUUCACUGUCGAUAAUUCUCUAGAUCAGACUGGUUUGACUUGUAUAGCAGUAAUAAUGGAGUAAUCUCAGUGCAAAUUAAUGCCAGGGAUUGGAAGUUUAUUUUAAUAAAAUGUACAAUAAUUAAAAAAACUAAUCCAA